AUGUCUCAAGGAAAGACCUUUACUCUUAACACCGGUGCCAAGAUCCCUCUUCUGGGUUACGGCACAUGGCAGGCUUCUCCCGGUGAGGUCGGCCAGGGUGUCUACGAGGCCCUCAAGGUCGGCUACCGCCACCUGGAUCUCGCCAAGGUCUACGGAAACCAGCCCGAGAUCGGUGAGGCUCUCAAGAAGGCCUUCGCCGAGAUCGAGGGUCUGAAGCGUGAGGAUGUCUUUAUCACCUCCAAGCUCUGGAACUCCCAACACGACCCCAAGGUCGUUGAGGCCGCUCUCGACGACUGCCUCCAGGAACUCGGUCUCGAGUACCUUGACCUUUACCUCAUCCACUUCCCCGUCUCUUUCAAGGGAAGCUCCAAGCACGUCGGCCAGGACCUUUUCCCUCUGACUGGCGAGAACCAGCCCGACGGCGAUGUCGAGAUUGACGACAGCAUCUCUAUCGUCGACACAUGGAAGGCCAUGACUGAGCUUCCCAAGUCCAAGGCUCGCGCUGUUGGUGUUUCUAACCACACCAAGGAGCACCUCGAGGCUAUCAUCAAGGGCACUGGUGUCACACCUGCUGCCAACCAGAUCGAGCGUCACCCUCUUCUCAUCCAGCCUGAGCUUAUUGCUUACUGCAAGGAGAAGGGCAUUCAUGUUACUGCUUACUCUGCUUUCGGUAACAACAUGGUUGACGCUCCUCUUCUGUUCACCUACCCCGAGGUCAAGGCCGUCGCUGAGCGUCUGACCAAGGAGAAGGGUACCGAGGUCACCCCCACACAGGUCCUUCUUGCCUGGGCUCAGGUCGGUGGCCACAGUGUCAUCCCCAAGUCCGUCACUCCCAAGCGCAUCGCCGCCAACUUCCAGGAGAUCGAUCUCUCCGAGCAAGACAUCAAGGAGGUUGAGCAAGUUGGCAAGCAGCAGCGCCGCUACAACGUUCCCCUCGUUGCUAACAAGCCUCGAUGGAACGUCAACAUCUUCGGCGAUGAGGCUGAGAAGCCUGCCAAGCACCAGGUCAUCGUUUAA